UACAUUUAAUGACGUAGAGCUGCCAUAUUUUUUCUGCAUAGGGCCUGUUAGGGGGUUAAUUAAAUUGUUGAGGUUCGGAUAAAGUCUGGGGAUGGCUAAUGCAAGAUAGUUUCCUAUAACCAAGCAUAGUGCGUGUAAUAAACAAUUGAGGAAGAUUUUGAAAAGUUCAGUGCAUUGUUACAGCAGUUAUCUUUACCGCAGUUACGUAAUUUCCAAUGUGAACGAUCUCUGUACAAUGAUCAAGAGCGAAAUGAAUAAAACUUGAUUAAUUAGCAUGCUGAUAUAUCGAGAAAUUUAUCACAGAUAACAUAACAAUGUGGUAUAAGGAGGUAACCAAUGUUAAUAAUGACAAUGAAAAUAUCCACUAUAAAUUGUGGUAAGAAACAAUUUUAUCAAUAAAGAGACAUGUCAGAUUCAUCGCAAUAUCUUUAUGGUCAUCCCCCUCCUGAUAUUAUGCCAAAAGGAUUUCCAAACAUUGGCAUAGGAGGAAAAUUACGUCAGCUUGAAAACCUAUUUAUUGGUGGUCCUACCCAAGGUGGACGAGUGGGUCGUACUAUCUCGAUCGAGACACUUAUCGAUGUUUUACUUGUGUUAUACGACGAAUGCUGCAAUUCUUCGUUACGUCGUGAAAAAACUGUUUCUGAUUUUAUUGAGUUUGUGAAACCAAUAGCUUCAUGUAUAAAGAAUUUGCAAUUGACACGAGAAGACUUUGAAAUUGUUAAAGUCAUUGGCAGAGGUGCUUUUGGGGAAGUAUGCGUCGUAAGAAUGCGUGGCUCGGACAAAGUAUUUGCUAUGAAAAUUUUAAACAAAUGGGAGAUGUUAAAGCGUGCUGAAACUGCAUGCUUUAGAGAAGAAAGAGAUGUAUUAGUAUAUGGUGACCGCAGAUGGAUCACAAAUCUGCAUUAUGCCUUUCAAGAUGACAAUAACUUGUAUUUGGUCAUGGAUUACUAUUGUGGUGGAGAUUUAUUGACAUUAUUGAGCAAAUUUGAGGAUCGUCUCCCCGAAGAUAUGGCUCGAUUCUAUAUAGCAGAAAUGGUGCUAGCUAUAGGUUCUAUACAUGACUUGCGCUAUGUGCAUCGUGACAUUAAACCUGAUAAUGUUUUAUUGGAUGCAAAUGGUCAUAUCAGAUUAGCUGAUUUUGGCUCUUGUUUACGACUAUUUGAAGAUGGGACGGUACAAAGUAAUGUUGCAGUUGGUACUCCAGACUAUAUUUCACCAGAGAUAUUGAGGGCAAUGGAGGAUGGUCAGGGACAAUAUGGACCUGAAUGCGAUUGGUGGUCUCUUGGAGUGUGUAUGUACGAAAUGCUUUAUGGUGAAACACCUUUUUAUGCAGAAUCCCUAGUUGAAACUUAUGGAAAAAUUAUGAAUCACAAAAAUUGUUUUGAUUUUCCUACGGACGCUAUAUAUGAUGUUUCUGAAGAAGCCAAAGAUCUGAUGCGGAAGUUGAUUUGCAGUUCUGAAUUUAGACUAGGUCAAAAUGGAAUUGAUGACUUUAAGAAGCAUCCUUGGUUCAAUGGAGUUGAUUGGGAUACGCUUAGAGAUAGUACUGCGCCGUACAUUCCCGAAGUUUCGUCACCCAGUGAUACAUCAAAUUUUGAUGUCGAUGAUACCGAUAUUCGUACUUCCGACGCUGUGCCGCCAGCCGCUAAUUCUGCCUUCUCCGGGCUUCACCUACCAUUUGUUGGUUUUAGUUUUACACAAGGAAGUUGCAUAUCGGAUCUGGGUUGUAUUUCUGCUUUAUCUCAGACAGAUAAACGUGUACAAAUACUCGAGGAAGAAAAUGCACGAUUGAUGCAAAUUAUCGAUGAUAUGAAAAAUCAGUCAAGUAUAAAUCAUUCUUCACCUGGUAUCUCACCUGAUUCUAAUAAUGCAACCAGAAAGCUACAAGAUGAAAUAAAUAUGCUUACAAAACGCAAUUGUGAAUUGGAGUCACAAUUAAAAUCUAUGGAUGUUCCACGCGAACUACGAACUUUAGAUAAUGGCGAUAUGAUGAAAUUCCGUGAACUCGAAAAGCUAGUCCGAUGUCUACGCUUGGAAAAAGAAGAAAUUAUUAAAGACAAAUUAGAUGCCCAAGAGAAAUUAAAACUUCAAGAAAAGGAAUUAAAAGAUGCGCUUACGCAACGUAAACUUGCAAUGGCGGAAUACACGGAAGUGUCGGAUAAAUUGUCCGAGCUGAGACAACAAAAGCAAAAGUUGUCAAGGCAAGUUCGAGACAAAGAAGAAGAAUUAGAAGUUGCAAUGCAGAAAGUCGAUACUUUACGCCAUGAUAUUCGAAAAGCCGAAAAAUUGCGCAGAGAGCUAGAAAAUAGAAUCGAUGAGGCUAUGGCAGAGACCAGUAAAGAAAGGAAAUUACGAGAACGCAGUGAAGAAUAUUGCAAGCAAAUGCAAGAAGAGACGGAGAAAAUUCGACAACGUUCUAUUGGGAACGAUGUCAGUGCAAAUCAUGCCUUGGCAACUCAGGAGAUUAAUAGAUUAAAAGCAGAAGUUGAGAAACUUGAAGUUCAAUAUAACGAAAACUUGACUCAACAACAAAGCAGGUUUAAUCUUGAGAUUCGAAGUCUGCAGGAACAAUUACAUGAAGCAGAAACUAGAAAAGAACUAUUAGAAAGAGAAGUACAACUUACAAAAGAGAAGUUGGAUGCUGCAAGAUUGGAAAAUAUCACAGAUAGUGAAGAAACUAUAAGCGAAUUAAAUAGACGUCACGAGAGGGAAAAGAUUAUGCUAGUCGAAGAGAAUAAGAAGCUUGUAUUAGAGCUCAGUGCUCUCACCGAUAGUGUUAAUAGAUUACAAGGCGAAAGAAGACAACUGGAAGAUGAAUAUGAAGAGUUAAGAAAUAAAAAAGAAGCAAUCGCGCAAUGGGAAGCUCAAAUUACCGAAAUUAUUCAAUGGGUAUCGGAUGAAAAAGACGCUCGUGGAUAUUUACAGGCUUUAGCCACAAAAAUGACAGAAGAAUUAGAAUUCUUAAAACACUCAGGUGGAAUAAGCGGUAGUGUUGGGAGUGGAACCACUCUGACCGAUAAAAAUUGGAGAAAUCGUCGGUCGCAGAAACUCGAUAAAAUGGAACUCUUGAACUUGCAGAGCUCCUUACAGAGUGAAAUACAAGCGAAGCAAGCAAUUUCAGAGGAACUCACUAAGACUAGAUCAGAUUUGAUAGCUGCACAAAAAGAACUAAAGGAUCUUAAACAGCGAUUAGAUACCAUGUCACACGAAUUGAAGCGAAAAGAUAUGCAAAUAAAAGAAUUGCAAGCACGCCUCGAUACCGGUGAUGGCUUUUUAGAGCGUCCUACAUCACAGAUGUCAUAUCUCGAGCACUUUCUUAAAGAGACAGGUAGUACACGUCAUGGAAGCGUCGACAGUGUAGAAGGUGACAUCGAAGACAAUCGUGCACCUAGUAUUACAAGCAGCAAAAGUAAUUUGUCUGAACUUAGUAUCGAUCCAACAUCACCACUAUCUCAUGAACUUAUGAACAAGUCUUCAUCUACUCAUGGUCAAACUAAUUUGCAACCAAAGCCUAAAUCACAUCAGUUUCUCGUACGGACAUUCUCGGCACCCACGAAGUGUAAUCAUUGUACAUCUUUAAUGGUUGGAUUAACUAGGCAAGGAGUUGUAUGCGAAGUGUGUGGCUUUGCAUGCCAUAUGCCUUGUUGCGAUAAAGUACCUCCAAUGUGUCCUGUACCCCAUGAUCAAACAAAACGACCAUUGGGAAUUGAUCCUACAAGAGGGAUAGGAACUGCAUAUGAAGGAUAUGUCAAAGUGCCAAAAAUGGGUGGUGUCAAGAAGGGUUGGGUUCGCCAAUUCGUUGUAGUCUGCGACUUCAAAUUAUUUCUCUAUGAUAUUUCACCAGAUCGCAAUGCUUUGCCAUCUGUAUAUGUUUCGCAAGUACUAGAUAUGCGAGAUGAAGAAUUUAGUGUGAGCUCGGUUCGUGAUUCUGAUGUAAUCCAUGCUACAAAAAAGGAUAUUCCAUGUAUAUUUAGGAUAACAACGUCGCUAUUGGAGCCUCCUGGAUUGAGAAAUCAUACGUUAAUGUUGGCAGAUACAGAAAGCGAAAAGACAAAAUGGGUAGUAGCUUUAAGCGAGCUUCAUAGGAUUUUAAAGAGGAACAAUCUUCCAAACACAACGAUUUUUAGAGCGAAAGAACUGUUGGACAAUACCUUGGCAUUCAUAAAAAAUGUAAUGUCAGGAGCAAUUAUUGAUCCGGAUCGUCUAGUCAUUGGUACAGAAGAAGGUCUCUUCUGUUUAGAUUUAGAUCGUAGUGAAAUUGCAAGAGUCGGAGAAGGAAAAAAAAUAUAUCUUCUCGAAUAUGUUAUUGAAGAACAAUUGAUUGUUGUAUUAAGCGGAAAACAACGUCAUGUACGGCUAGUUCCAGUACGUGCCUUGGAUGGAGACGAAGUUGAAUGGAUUAAAGUCGCGGAGACUAAAGGAUGCAUUACAUUAACAACAGGAGUAGUGCGCCGAAAUCCGCUUAAUUAUUGCUUAUGCGUUGCAAUAAAGAAACAAAAUGCAUCUCAAAUCAUCAUCUACGAAAUAACGCGUACAAAAACAAGACAUAAACGUUUACGCGAAUUAAUGUUACCAUGUCAUGCACAAACCCUGCAAGUUCUUUCCGAAGGCCGCUUGUGCGUUGGCUAUCCGUCUGGUUUUUCUAUUUAUAGCAUUUUGGGAGAUCAUCAUCCUAUUUCUUUGGUCCAUGCUGAGAAUACGCUCUUAGGUUUUCUUACUUAUAGUGCUGUGGAUGCGUUACGUUGCAUUGAAUUAGCACGAGGUGAAUUCUUAUUAGUCUUCCAUACAUUAGCGGUAUAUGUUGAUAGCCAAGGAAGAAAGAGUCGAGACCGAGAGAUAAUGUAUCCUGCAGUUCCUACAGCAGUUAGUUAUUGCGAAGGAUAUUUAUUAGUGUAUAGCGAGACUCAUAUUGAUUUGUUUGAUUGUAACUCUGGAGAUUGGUUACAAACGCUUAAUGUCAAACGAGCCCGGCCAUUAAAUACUUCGGGCUCUCUUACGUCUUGCAUAAUAAAUGACAUGCCGUAUGUUAUUUAUCUUAGCAAUUUACGUCAGCGAGAACUACUAAAUCUGACACCAUUAGAUACGAGUGGUAGACAAAUGACGAGACCACGACGACGGUUUUCACUGAGAGAAGGCAAUAGAACUGUUCGCCCUACGGACAGACGUUCGAAAAUGAUUUCUGCGCCCACAAAUUUCAAUCAUAUCAGCCAUAUGGGUCCAGGAAAUGGGAUACAGAUACAACGUUUAUUGGAUUUACCCACGACAUUAGAAACUGCUGAUCAACAACAUACGAGUCAUCAUAGUAGUUCUCAUCUUCACAGUAGUCAGCAAAGACUAUAUGAUUCUACGCUGCAAACACCAAAUAAACCAGCGCCACUGCCUCCUAGGCAUCCUCCUUCCGAUACACGUCGCCUAAGUUCGCAUAUGUCGAGAAAUUCUGGCUAUUCACCACAUAAUGGUUCAACAACAUCACGAAGAGGUCCUGCACCACCACGACCAACGGCUACGCCACCUUCUCUACCACGCACUCCAGUGGACCAAAUUGAUUCUGAAUCGAUACAUUUGCGUUCACAUACUCCACUCUCUCUUGGCAGUAUCGCAUCGUUACAUAAUAAGGAGCAUCCAUCUGGAGGCAGCCCUAGACAUUCGAUCGCUUCGAACAACAGCUCAAAUCCAUCGACGCCACCGAGUCCAGCCCACGAUCAUGGAUCAUCAUCGUAUGAUUCGUAGAUUUAUUUAACACUUACGGAAUCUAAAUAAAAGUGGUAUGUACCCAAAAUAUGCAUACUUGAAAAACGAUCAAUUUAGUAUAUACAUAUACACAUAGAUAUAUACAUACAUAUGCGCACAUGCGCAUCCAUAUAUUAUAUAUGUGUAUAUAUAUGUUAAGCUCGUAUUUUUACAUAUUUUUACAUAUUUUUACUACCUACUUUUUCAUUCUCCAUCUGCUUUUUUAUUAUUAAGAAGGCAUUUCGAUGCGAAUCAUCGCGUUGACUAAUGAAUAUUGCCAAUCUCCAAAACAUAGCUACCCAAUAAUUUGAAAUUUAAUUUUUAUGUCCAAGCCUAACAUAUAUAGUUAGAUAUUUGUGUGAUGUACUUUGCAGAAAAUUAGUACUCGUGUUUGAUCUUCGAAUUGAAAAAGUGAAAAAUUAUCACGCGGUAUUUGUCGUGCAAUAUAAUUCGUAUAUCUAAUCAUCUAUACAGUAUAUGAGUCUCAAACAAGUAAUAUAUUGUCAUAACAAUGCGUUUUAACGAAUACAUUGUGUGUGUGUGUGUGUGUGCAAUUGUUUAUAUAUAUGUAUAUAUAUAUACCUACAUACACAUACACAUAUAUACGUAUGUAUAUCUAUAUGUAUGUAUGUAUGUCUGCAUGUAUGAAUGUAUGUAUGUAUGUAUGUAUGUAUGUAUGUAUGUAUGUAUGUAUGUAUGUAUGUAUGUAUGUAUGUAUGUAUGUAUGUAUGUAUGUAUGUAUGUAUGUAUGUAUGUAUGUAUGUAUGUAUGUAUGUAUGUAUGUAUGUAUGUAUGCAUGCAUGCAUGUAUGUAUGUAUGUAUGUAUGUAUGUAUGUAUGCAUGCAUGCAUGUAUGUAUGUAUGUAUGUAUGUAUGUAUGUAUGUAUGUAUGUAUGUAUGUAUGUAUGUAUGUAUGUAUGUAUGCAUGCAUGUAUGUAUGUAUGUAUGUAUGUAUGUAUGUAUGUAUGUAUGAUAUGUAUAUGUAUAUGUAUAAUACAGUCAAUUUUCUUUAUGAAAGAAAUACAACCGUGUUUUAUUAUAAUUUUCUGGUUUUUAAGAAUCUAUAUGUAAUAAUUUAUAAUGCAUUCUUAACGAAGAAAUGAAUCAUUAUUCGUAAAUUAUUGUAAAUAUUUUACGCACUUGACGAUUGUUAAGCCCGUUUUGCGAUGCCAUAUCUAUUUCUUUCGAUAGUUGUCAUUCUUUUCAUCUUGAGACAAGAAUAUCUUCGCAUUUUAUAUAACAAAAAAUUGGAAUCUCAGUCAAAUUAACUAGCAAUAAAAUAUAAACUAUUUAAUGUAUUAUACAUAUUCUCGACAUUAGAAGUAAAAACAGUAGCUGCGAACAUAUAAAUAUAAUCAUCGUUAAUAAUCGGAAUAGCUGCGCGAUUUUUACGAUUCUUAAUUAGUCUCGCGCGAAGAGUAUCUUAAGGAGUUUGUUCACUAUCGCGCUCUUAAUUCCCGUUUCUAUGUGGAAAACAAUAGUUUUCCAGCUGUUACACAGAAACGAAUGAAUGUUAUUUAUCAUUUAUGUUUCUUUUACGAAGCAUUUCUUGAUUUGUAAAGUUUACAAUGAUGAGUUUUUUAUUCAGGUGUGAUAAAAUUUACGAAGUUAACGUAAUAUUUGCCAUUGCGUAUAUUUGUCCUGCUCUGACUCGUAAAGACAUACGUAAAAAUAGCGUUUUAUAACUUUGAAUUUUUCACAAACUAUGCAGAUUAAUUAUGCAAAAUUUUAACUGCGAAUAUGUUAACACAAAGAAUAUUCAAUUUUUAUGUAAUUAGUAUCUUCAUUAAGGUGAACAAACUCUUUAAUAAUAACAUGUUACACACACAUAACAAGAUUAUUUACGUCAAUGUACCGCAUAUAUAAAUAGAUGAUAGUUCUUUCGCGGGAAUUUUUUUCAUAAGUGAAUUCAAUAAAGUUGACGUUUAUAAUUCACAAAAUUGCUCGAUCGAUUUUUCGCUUUUGGAAGAGUGUUUAUCGCCUCGCGUGACUAUUCCGUUUGCGACGUUAACAAGACGCAUUUAGAUACAGCGCGAAUCGAUUCGAUGCCUUAUGACUAGUUUUUUAUUAUGUCAUAAUGCACUAAUUAUACAUGGUAUUAUUUGGCGUGUGAAUAAUAGAAUAAUCAUGUAAUGUGUUGCGAGAGAGCUCUUGCUGAUAAUAAUAGUUAGUAAGAAAAGUUAUUGCACUCACUUGUACGCGCUAUAGGGUAUACGUGGUGCCUCGUUGUAUCAAAGAUACGCGCCAGGAAUAUGUAUCGUGUGUAUAUCGAAUGUAUUCCAACUGAAAAUAGAAUAAGAAAGUAUUGUCUUUUGACAAUUUAUAUGUUCAUUUUUUGAUCGAAGUCGUAAUCAAUUAAUACAACCUCUCUCAGCGUGGAUUAUUUGAUAAUACCAGUGCGAAAUAUAGGAAAAAAGUUAUUACAGUUUGGCAAUUACUUAAUAUAUAAAAAAGAUCACACUUAAAUACGUUUAAGUAUAAUGUAUCGAAAUUAGGGAAAUUGUUAUAAGGAGGAUGAAGACGAGGAAAUAUUAUCAUUGAGUCAAGAUCAAUCAUAAAUUAUUUUUUAUAUAUGCGAAUUAUGUUUUAAAUAAUGUGACGUAUAUGUUACAAAUUACAAUGCUUUCAUUAUUUUUAUGUAAUGAGUGUAUAAGGCGCAGAGAAUGCAAGAUGUAAAAUCAAAUGGAACAAAUUUAUUUCAGACAAAUACAUAGCGUUUUGUAAUUAAUAACUAUGAUUAAAUGAUUUUUUUUUUGCUAUCGGUUUUUUAUAGUUUUAGUUAUUCAUUGAUAUAUAAAAUCAAGGAGAGAAUUUAAUUAUUUAAAUUUAAAUUAAAUUAUUAAAUUAAUUAAAUUAAAUUAUUUGAAACGCACUUUGAAACAAUUAAAUGUAUACAUUUUAAAGUAUAAGAAAGAUAUAUACAUUUAUAUAUACAUUUAUUAAAAAGAUAACCAUGAGAAAAUCAUCAUAAGGAUUGGUACAAGAAGACAACUGUCUCAGGAUACUAUGCCAGUAGCUUAAGUACGAUAUAAUAUUACUUAAUGAUCAAAAGACUCGAACAAAUUGCUAUAAUUUCAUUGAUUAUAGUUUUAUGUUGCUGUGCACAUCUUUUUAACACAAUUUUUUAAAAUUUAUAGAAAAUUCGUAAAAACCUGCAAAAUUAAAAAGUUGAAUUAUUCACAAAUAUAACUAAAUAAGGAUACGAAGAUAUCGCGCGACAUUUGAGAAACAUUACGCAAUUAUACUUUAAAUACCUUUAUAUUUGCUCUCUCCCUCUAUACUAUAUAAUAAAUAACUAUCAUUAUAAGAUGACUAUUAUAGACCUAAUAGUCUUAUUCUAAAUGGAAGAAGAAAUGUUAUACUAAGAAACGGUUAGUAUUAUUGUCGUGAACAAUUGUAUCGUAUAUAUAAUGCACUGUUGUCCGUACUAAAAAGUAAACGCAAGUGAAAUGGAAUUUAAAGUGAACUACAAUGGCAAUCGAAAGAGAUAUGAAAUGGACGUACCACUGUACUUAUCGAUAGAAUUCAAUAAUCAGCCUAUCUUCCGUUAUUAUUGCUUAAGGGUUUAAAGGUGAGAAAUAUCGACUGUUCAUAUAUUAUUGUCUCGUCAUUUUUCGGCGAUCGAUGCAUCGAUACACGAAAGGAAUUGUCAUUCCUGUAUAUAACAUGAUUUCAUAUAUCUUUAUAAAUAACUCAGUUUUGGUCUACUUUUCGAAUCUAUUUUAAAAAUAUAGAAAGAUUCUUUACAAAAACUUACUGUUGAUCACCUUGAUCUUGAUUUAUAAGAGUAAAGAAUUCAUUUCUGAAUAACAUGCGCUUGAAAUCAACCCGCUCCUUUCCAAUUUUUAAAAUAUUUUAUAAUAUUUUACAAUAUAUUUUGGACACUAUAUAACUUUAAAAAAUGUUUUUCUCAGUUUUAGUCUUAGCCAUGUAUCUUUAACUUAAAAUAUCUCAAUAACUAUAAGAGAGCGCUGCCUGAUUUCAAGUAUAUAUUACUUAAAAAUAAAUCAUUUACAACAUAUAUUUAUCAAGAUUAAGACAAUAAAUAAAUAUAUUCGUGAUUUAUGCACGCCUGUGCUACGUACGUUUUUGUAAAGAAUUAUCCAAGAUAUUCCCAAUGAUCCCAAUUGAUUUGCAAGUCUAUCAUUAUUUAUAUUAUACAUAUUUUAUAGGGCUACUAAAAAAGAAUAUUAACCAAUUCAUCGUUUCACAUAUAAAAAUGACGAUAUUAUACAGAAGUAUUGUUUUUAUCAAAUACUGAAAUAUACGGUAUUCUGUACAACAUAGACACAUUUUAUGUAUACAGAUUGUAUGAACAUAAGUAGCAUUUUUUAUAUAAAUUGACAGUUAUCUUUUUUUUAUCCUGUAUAAUCCAAGCAUUUUUUUAUAUUUAAAGGUAAUUCAAAAUAACAUUUUGAAUAAUGUUAUUUUGUACUACUAUUUUUGCAAUGUACGCAACGAAUUAAGAAAACUUAUAUACCGAAAAACAUUAUUUCAAGUUAUCUUCUAGAGGAUAAUGAUUAAUUAAUAAAUAAUUUCUUUAUUUAUAGAUAAUUUUGCCUCCCAAAAAAUCAAAAAAUAACAGCGUAUGGUGUCAAUUACUUAUUGUUUAUAGAACAAGGCGUACAUUAAAAAAUGCUAUAGUAAUUGGGUUAUAGAGGGUCGAAGAAACAAAGCGUUUCACUCUAUUGUUAAUCUUUAUUGAUAUAUAACAGUAAGAUUAUAUUGUUCAUUACUUUGCAUAUUAGAUUAGCUUUCUCUUUCUUUCUCCCUUUCUUUCCCUUCUCUCUCUUUCCUUCCUCUUUUCAUUUUCUCCUCUUCUUUUUUUUCUCCCAUUUCUUUUCUCCUUUUUUUCUUUCCUUUUCUCUUUUCCUCUUCUUUCUUUUCUUCUUUUAUUCUUUCCUUCAUUCUGUCCUUUUUCUUUCUUUUUAUUUCAUACACAUUUUUAUAAUAAUAAUGCAUUAUUUGCAAUAUUUAUUAAAAACAUAUAGAAAAAUAUGAUUUGCGCGUUAAAUAAAAGUUGUAUUUUAUUGUAAAAUAUUGUGUGCGAGCUAUUAUUAGCCAGAAAGGAAACCAAACUUUAUGUAUUUAGUAUCUCGCCGUAACGAAUGCUGUCUAUAGAUUUUAUAAUAUUUAUAUUACUCGUUUCUUAUUUUUUUCUCGCAUGUAAGACUGUGAAAAAAAAACAACGCGCGCGAGACAUAUGUAUUGUAUUUUUUAUUUUACCCACUUGGUGAAAUAAGUUAAUAUAUAUUUCCUUGUGUAGAACUAUAUUAAUAAAAAUAAAAGAAGAGCCCAUACGUA